AACUUUGGAAGAAACCUUGAGAGGAGACAGGGGUAACAUUGUCCCGGGGUAGCAUUACCUGCCCCCCCCCUCCCGCCGCUGAUGUGUGCGUUAUCAUCAUGCACAUGUCUGUUUCUGCAUGCGCAUACCCCAGUAUAUGUGCCUUUCCCUCGCCACCCAUGCUUCCUCUAUAGGCUGCCCCAUGUCUGUAUGAUGAAGGACCCGACAGGCGUGACAGUUGAGGUUAUCAAGGAGACGGUACCAAACCCUGUCACAGGAAAUCAGUGGAGACUGUGGCUCUGAGACCCUGAGCAUGACAAGAACUGUCACCUCCAGGAGCAGCACAGCUGGGCCGCAGACCAGGAGGACGCUGGAGGAUAGCCGACGGGUGGAGGACAGGUGGCUUCAGCGAGUGGUCGAAUCUCUUUCGGGCCUCAGGCAGGAUCACUGCAGCCCUUCGUGUCUGUAGGAGUCGGUCACAUUCCGUCACAUGCCGGGCAAAUUGUAGACGGAUCUGGCCCGAGCCUGAGGGUCUGUGUCACUGGCCUCGGAACCAGAGGAGGCCUGCCCCCACCCCCUCCCCGGUGAAAGCGAUGUGUGCCGGUGGUGGAGGCCGCAGCAUCAGCAGUGUGUGUGUGGGGCUCCUCUCCCCCUCCCCCACCCCCCAACCUGGCUCGGGAUGCCAGCCCCCUGUCCACCUGCCUGCUGUCCUGCCCUGAGCUGUCCUGGGGCGCCAUGAACACCUACCGAGACCGAGGGGUCACAUGCACCUCUGACCUGCUGGAGGGGGGUGGAGGGCCUGGACCCGUCCUCUUCCGCCUCACCCCCAACGGCCACCCCGCCCCCUCAUCCGACCCAACCACCCUUACCCGUGUCUCCGUUCCCAAGAUGGGCGUUCGCGCUCGUAUUGCCGAGUGGCCUCCGCGCCGCGCCCAGUCAAGGGAGUCGCUCCUGGAGAACGGGCAAGGCAGUAAUCAACACGGCGACGACUCCUCCACGACCACCUCCUCCGUGUCUGUUCCCGUGUCUGAUGUCGGGCUGGUGCGAGGGGGUGUGGCUAGGUUGCCGAGGCGCCGCACAAAAGACGCAGAGUUCCGGGGUGGGUCCGGGGGCGAUAGAGGCUCCCCCGUCGGCUCGCGGUCCUUCCCCCCGUUACGCCAGCGCUCCAGCAGCGAAGUGACUCUGAGCGAGCAGGAUGAAAACGAGGUGGAAGGCCGUGGCGGCGCCAGUCUGUACCGGGAGUACGGCAGCACCUCUUCCAUCGACGUGCAGGGCAUCCCCGAGCAGAGCUUCUUCGACAUGCUCAGCCAGUUCCACCAGGAGAGGCCGGACCAGCGCAGCACCGCGCCCGUACCCCUGGGGGAGCUGCUGCGCGCCCCCGACGCCGCCCCCUAUGCGCCCCUCCCCGCGGGGCACUCACUCACCCCCGCGCCUCGGUCGGAGACCAGGGCGAGGAAGAAGAGCGGAGGGGCUGAGUCGUCCCUGGGGACGUCCUCUCUGUUCCGGAAGCUCCGCAGCUCCAGCAGGGGGGAGCUGGACAAAGGGGAGACGGGGGAGGACGGGGGAGGCCGUGGCUCUACUGAUGCCCCUUACAAACCGUGGGUGUGCCCCAAAAGCUUCGUCCACUACGACGCCCAGAGCAUCCUGUUUGACCUCCACGAGGCUUCUGCCCAGCAGAGCUUGUCAGCCCAGCGGAGGAACACCGCCACGGGGGCGUCGGCCGCCUCCGUCUCCCUGACCCCGUCGCGCUCCUCAACUCUGAGCGGGCUGGACGCCUCCUUCUCUAGCGCGGAGGACCUGACGCUGGGCGUCGACCCCGCGGCGGCCACGCCAUUCCCGAACCGGGAUCCCAUGGACCCUUCUGGGGGCCCCGGCUCCAGCCAGCUCCUCCUCAGCUGCCCCCACUUCUGCAACGAGACGGGGGGCCUUGGGGAGCGCAACGUCAGCUUCCUGAGUUCCUCGGCCGAGCGGGGCGGGGAGGGGGGCGCGGGCCUGCGGCGGAGCAACGCCAGCGUGUCCGUGCUGGAGGUGGCCGUGGAGCAGCAGGUGACGCGGCUGGACGCUCUGAAACUCCACAGCAUAGAGCACGUGGACCUGGGGUCGCGUUACUACCGGGAAUACUUCCAUGGCAAAGAGCACUCCAAUUACUUUGGGACGGACGAGAAGCUGGGCCCGGUGGCAGUGAGCAUUCGCAGGGAGAAACUGGACGACACUAAAGACCUGAAGGACCAGUACCAGUACCGCAUCAUCGGCAGAACCAGCGAGCUGGUGACGUUGCGGGGCUCCAUCCUGGAGGACGCAGUGGCCUCCACCGCGAGGCACGGUUCGGUGCGGGGUCUCCCCUUGAAGGAGGUGCUGGAGCAGGUUCUCCCAGAGUUCAGUGUCUCCUGCCUACGCCUGGCUCUCAGCACUCCCAAGGUGACCGAGCAGCUCCUCAAACUGGACGAGCAGGGGCUGAGUCAGAAGCACAAGGUGGGCCUGCUGCUGUGUCGGGCGGGACAGAGCACCGAGGAGGAGAUGUACAACAACGAAGAGGCCACGCCCGCCUUCUGUGCCUUUAUGGCCGUGCUAGGGGAGCAGGUGUGCCUCAGAGGCUUCACCAAGUACGCCGCCCAGCUGGACACCAAGACCGACUCAACAGGCAGCCACUCCCUGUACACCACCUACCAGGGCUAUGAGGUCAUGUUCCACGUGUCCACCAUGCUCCCCUACAUGCCCAACAACCCCCAGCAGCUCCUGAGGAAGAGGCACAUAGGGAACGACAUCGUCACUAUAAUCUUCCAGGAGCCGGGAGCGCUGCCCUUCACCCCCCAGAACAUCCGCUCCCACUUCCAGCACGUCUUCAUCAUCGUCCGCGUGCACAACCCCUGCUCUGACAACACCUGCUAUAGUGUUGCUGUGACUCGUAUGAAGGACGUGCCUCCCUUCGGCCCUCCGAUCCCCAGCGGGGUAACCUUUCGUGACCCCGAAGCCUUUCGCAACUUCCUCUUAGCCAAGGUCAUCAACGCGGAGAACGCUGCGCACAAGUCUGAGAAGUUCCACACCAUGGCCACGCGGACGCGUCAGGAGUACCUCCGAGACUUGGCGGAGAACUGUGUGAGCAGCACACCGCUCGACUCCGCCGGGAAACUCAACAACCUCAUAUCGCUGGCGUCUAAGAAGAGAGAGCGGGCACGUGCAAGAGAGGGGGCGGAGCUGGGGGCCGCCGGCGCGGUGGCGUGGAGGGUGAUGGCCCAGGACUUCAGUGGCGGCGGGACGGAGAUCUCGUGCGCCCUGGGCGUCUCGGCGGAGUACAUCCUCCUGGCGGACUGCCACACCAAGGAAGUGGUGUUCAACUGCUUCUGUGCCGAUGUAAUCGGCUGGACGCCAGAGAGGCUGUCGCUGAAGAUCUUCUACGGGAGGGGAGACCACAUAGCGGUCAGAGUCCCAGAGGGCUAUGCUCAGGAUGUCAGGGAGAUGGUGCAGAGGUUAAAGGCGCUGACGGUGGGCUGUGAGACGGUGGAUAUGACCCUGAGAAGGAAUGGUCUGGGCCAGCUGGGCUUCCACGUCAGGCUGGACGGCACCGUGGCUGAGGUGGAGGAGUACGGCUUCGCCUGGCAGGCAGGGCUGAGGCAGGGCAGCCGACUGGUGGAGAUCUGCAAGGUUGCCGCGGUAACGCUGACACACGAGCAGAUGAUUGACCUGCUGAGGACAUCGGUCACCGUUAAAGUGGUGAUCAUACCACCUUAUGAGGAAGGGGGGCCUCGCAGGGGCUGUACCGAGGAGUAUGAGAUGAAGAACCUGGAGCAGAAGACCGAGCCAGAGCCUGUGGGUGCAGGGUACCGGCCCUCCCCUCGCCCCCCUGCUUGGCGCUGGGACAGCCCCCCAGCACCCCCGGGCCCCCAAGGCGCACCCACUCCCCAGCGCUGGACCCCCGUAGGCCUCCAACCACCCCUUCCCCGCUCGCACAAAACCAUGGCGCCCAUCCCAUACAGGGAACCCCAGCACCUCUCCAAGAGGCCGGUGAGUUUUCCUGAGAACCACUACAGCCUUUCCCCAGCAGGGGGUGGGCUGCCCUACAGAAACCCCUCAGCCAGCUUUUCCUCACCCUCUAGCAUGGGGGGCUUGGCGGCCCUUGGGGCCCAGGGACUCAGCGGGCCCUUCGUACGCUACAAACCCUCACCUGACAGGUUCGGCACUGCACAGCGCCCCCUGCUGGCGUAUGAGCCUCAGCUCAGUCUGGAUGUCUCUUCCAGUGGGGAAUCCUCCUCAGGCUUCACUAGCCAGGACAGCACUAUUGAGCGCAGCAAAACAGAGCCCCUGUGGCAUGUCCCGGUGCCAUCAUCCCAGAGGCCUGGAGGCGGAGGACAGAGGAGACCCAUCCGCCAGGACGUCCCAGGAAAAGACUCCCCCAACAGGCACUCAAAGGGUGAGACCCAGUACUCCAGCCACUCCAGCAGCAACACACUGUCCAGUAAUGCGUCCAGCAGCCACAGUGAUGAGCGCUGGUUUGACGGGGGGGCCGCGGAGAGAGGGGGCCCUGGCGGAUCCGGGGGUUGCCUAGGCGACCCGGCCGACCCCGAUCCCGACCCGCACAGUAAAGGCGGGUCCAGUGACAGCGGCAUUGACGCCCCGACGCUGUACAACUCCAAGCCCAGCGGUCGCCACGGAAACCAGUCCACCCAACUGCAGAGACCCGCGCACGGCUCUGCGGCCUAUAACAGCGGGGUGCAGGACGCCGCCGGCGCGAAGGGGAACGGAGUCGAGGGGCGGAGACUGGAGUCGUCGCCUGUGUUACAUCCCUCGGCCAGUCAGACCAAAGGGUACCGUACGCGCACCUUCCCUCCUCCCGGAUCCAGCGCGGAGAAGCCGGACUCAUUCAGACACAGGGCCUGCUACACCCCCCAGGGUUAUAAAACCCCUGCAGCGGAGAAUUCCCGGCCGGUCCGAUCGUCCACGGUCACGCCCAACUCGGCCCUGCUCUGCUCCAGCUCUCUCUCCACCUCCGCCCCCAAGACCUUAUACAGCAGGACGGGCGCCUGGCAGCCGGAGGGCAGUACACCCUCCCCAUUAAACACACCUGGAACCUACAGCUCUGACAGCAUUAGAAGCAAAAAGCAGGUGGAUGUGAAUUCAAAGAACGUGUUCGGACAGCCCCGUCUCCGAGCGUCACUGAGGGACUUGCGGUCUCCACGGAGAUCCCACAAAAGCACCGUUGAGGACGACUUGAAGAAACUCAUCAUAAUGGACAACCCUGGGGAGUCACCGCAGAGAGACACAUCUCCUCGGCGUACUCUUCAGCGCACCUUCUCAGACGAGUCUCUGUGCAGCGGGCGCCGGGACGCCAGCUACGCCAACUCUGCGCCCUUGUUCGAGCAGGGAGCCCCAAGCGACCUCCUGUUCACCUGCACCCUGCCCAUCAGGCGACACGGUCACUCCUCCAACCACAUGAACAGCAAGAAGGUCCCUUUGUCUGCAUCGGAGCUGUCUCUGACAGAGGUCAGGGAUAAGGUGCCCCCUCUCAGGAGGCUGGACCCGGGUCUCAUGCCCCUGCCUGACACCGCCUGUGGACUGGAGUGGGCCAGCCUGGUCAGCGCUGCCAAGGCCUACGAGGUGCAAAGGGCGGUGUCUCUCUUCACGCUCAGUGACCCUAAGCUUGGUGUUCCAGACAUACGGCCCAUCAUCAGCCCGGUUCAGUUCCAAACACCCCAGACUCCACGUACCACCCCCACCUUCAGCGGGGAUGAGGUCCCCAACGACCUUUCGGGGCGACUGUACAGCCUGGAGGUGAUGCUGAAACAGCUGAACAAUGACCUGGAGAAGGAGAAGGAGGACAAGGUGCACCUUUUGGCUGAGAUGGCUCAUCUGCGGGAGAACAACCAGCGUCUGCAGGAGGAGAGUCAGUCGGCCAGCGAACAGCUGCGCAAGUUCAGCAUGCUCUUCACCGAACCCCCAGAGAGGAAGUGAGCUCAGACCAAACACACAGGAAGGGACCUCUAAGAGGCAGCAUGAGACCGUCUGAAGAAGGAAUGCAAUGUCAGGCAUAUGGAGGUGAGAGGAGGUCAGAAGAAAGACGUGAGUGUCGUUCUGUGAUUGACUGGGUUAAAGCACUGUUAAGCACUAUGGACACAAGCAGCAGAAAAUACAAAGCAAAUAAGUUAGGAUGUGCUAUAUACAAGAACACGAGUAGUGUUCAAGCAUACUGCCCUACGGGGGAAAAGAGGGGAACAGUCCCAUUUACAUUCUCACAGCCUGCUGCUUCUGAAGCAUUCCAACUCCUCCAUGCACCCCCCCCACCCCACCCCACCACCCAGAGGAGAAGAGGAGCACAACCCCUGCACCACUCUAACCUACUCUGGGGAGGGAACACCUGCCACUACGCCCGUUCACCUUUUCAGUGAUGCACUAACUCCCCCAGAAACCCUGCCUCGCUCUGGGACGGAGGGACGGAGGGACUGCAGAGAGCCAAUACAUCCGUUGGCUCAUCUGAAACCAAAUUGCCUAAACAGGAGAGCCUUGCAAGUGGACCAAGCUAUUUGUUUUCUUACUCUAAACAAUGCACACCUGACUUGACCCCCAGCCUGUGCUACUAUAGUGAAAUCCUCUCUGUCCCUGAUUGUGGGUUUUAUUUUUGUAACUGAAGUCUUAUGGUGAAGCCAGUAAAGAGGAGAGAGCUCAUAAACUGUAGAACACUAGAUCACCCGGAGAGGCCUAAUACUGUUUCUGAAGCGAAUCAGCCAAAAAAAAAAAACAUGUGUUCUGAAUCAUAAGACUCUAAUAAAGUUCCAAGGAAGACCUGGGUUGUAAGAUGUGGUACUGUAGUUCUGCCUGUGUAACUCACCUGACUGUUUGAACACCUUGUUUAUUGUGCUGAUAUAACCGAGGGAAAGAGGUGAAGUUGAAACUCAUGAAGGUUUAGGGUACAGUAAAUACUCAGUGACAAUGCAUUAUCGCACAAAGUAGAGAGCUAUUGUGAUGAUUGAUUUUUACCCUUUGUUUAAGUGUGUGAUGGAGGCUAGCUCUAGAUAUUUCAGUUGUGAGCAAGCUGUACUAUAACAACUUACACUAGUGAUGUGAGACAAGCAAUGUCAUUCUGUUUGACACUAAACAAAGAGUCAUAAACUCGGUGACAGUAUCUCAAUACAUGUUUCAGUCAGUGUCAUCUCAGCUCAACAGUACUGGAUCAAUGUUAAAAGUAAAAUUAUCCUUUUUUCCUUCUUUUUUUUUUACUAUGUACAAUUAUGUUCAGUGGUUUUUGUUUUGGGUACCUACUGACAUUUUUAUUUUAGUAUUCAUUGUACAGUACCAGUCAACAGUUUGUACACACCCAUUCAAGUGAAACUUAUGACUGCUACAUAAACAAAUGCCAUGCAUACCUAGAAUAAUCUCCUUAACACUGUAGAAGCUGUGUUCUAUGAGCGACUGUGUCAUGGUACCAUAGCUGAGUGUCUGUAUGCUAUUAAUGAAGGGUUAAUAUUUACACAUUUUGCUAACAGUCUGCAGAAUCAAACUCAACAAUGUGUACACAACUGUGAGACCUAGUUAAAUAAUGUCAAACCUAACUGGUGGUGGGUCUGUUAAACGUCUGUGUGUGCGCGUGUGUGGCCUUUUUCCUCUUUCACAGGAAUACACUAAACUACUACACAAAUACACUAUUUCUUCGAACUAGCUUGACCUUAUUCGCUACAGAAACUAUUUUUCUUACAGAUGUAUGUUUUUGUGUCCUUUAUUUGUCGUGAAUGUGGGGUAUGUGGAGGGGCACAUAGAGCUGGCAAAACCUCGGGGGAGGGGGUUCCACAGGGUUUGGCCAGAGCUAUUCACUUAAAUGACAAGUCUCCACUGACGGGAAUAUUUCUUUGAUCCUUCCCGUAUGUAUGACCCCUAACUCAGUCAUUAUAGACCCCCGUUCAGGAGCCCCGUGCCAUUCAACUGGAAACCCAGCCUCCCUUCAUCACUACUCUCAGGACCUUCACACACCCCGUCAAGCACCUGUACUAUUUAUUUGUAUUUAUUGUUUAGUAUGUGGGCAUGUACCUGCAUGAUGCAAACCCUUUACGGCUAGAUCGGUGGACGUUCACAUGCACCCGUGCGCCUGCACACGAUACUGCCUGGGCUCUCUCAAAAACAUCCCUGGUUUUUUGACAGACAUUGCACGCGUUCAUAUGAGGGCAACGCACAGACCUCGAUCGUUUCUCUCUUCCUCGACUUUCAUCUGGUGUUUGCCCGUCACUUCCAAAGACUAUGUUGUAGUCAGUCUGCGUGUACUGUAAGCUGCCCCUUUCUCCUCCAGUCAGUUGUAUCAUCUCGUCUUGGGAAUUCCGAGAGCAACACAAACUAACGCUUCACGCUUGUGUUGAAGCGCGUGAGCUGGCGGAUUCCUCAGGUGAGCUGUGAUGAUCAUAUUGGCAAUGUCUUAAUCCUUUGUUAAUUUGAAUUUUGAGGGUUAAUGGAGUGUUUUUAAGAAUUUUGUUUUUAUAUAUUUGAUUUUAAGCUUAACUGUUGAUAUAAAAAAAAAUUCAAAAAUGGCUCGUGCAUCAAUGUGGCACAUGCACAAAUGGUAAAACCGAAAGGUUAAAAUUGAGCAAUUGAUUUAUUUUUAUUUUUGAUUAAUAUUUUGAUAAUUUAUUUUUGGAACACAUUGGCCACCUUUGCAACCUGGAAAAGACAAAGUAGUGAAAUUAAGAGGGUACUGUGUUUUUUUUAAAUGUUUGGUUUGAAAUCUUUGUACAAAGCUGAUUUGUAUGAUUCUGAUUUUCUUUUUAAUGGUCUGUAUAUCUUUUGUGUUGGUACUUUCUGAGUAAGGCAGGGGUGCUUCAUGCAUAGACGAAAACUUACCGGUUGAACGUUAUUUGUUUUUCUUGGGAUGUUGUAUUAAUGAGUGUAAAUUUAAAAAGUGUAAAUUGUUUUCAUUAUUUUAUAAGAAAAUAUAUUAAAAAUC